AUGGAAAAUUAUCAGCUAACAAAACAGCUUGGUGAUGGGACAUAUGGUAGUGUCCUGCUGGCUACAUGUAAAAAAACUGGUGAAAAAGUGGCUAUAAAAAAAAUGAAAAAAAAAUUUUACAACUGGGAUGAAUGCUUGAAGCUAAGAGAGUUACAAUCUUUGAAGAAGUUGAAUCAUGCAAACAUCGUGAAGUUAAAGGAAUUAAUCAGGGAGAAUGAUGUUCUGUACUUUGUGUUUGAAUACAUGAAGGAGAAUCUAUACCAGUUAACAAAAAAUAGAGAUAAGUUGUUUCCUGAGUCGACGGUGAGGAAUAUAACGUACCAGAUUCUGCAAGGACUUGCAUACAUGCAUAAACAUGGUUAUUUUCACAGAGACAUGAAGCCAGAAAACCUUCUGUGCAACGGUCCCGAAUGUGUCAAAAUUGCUGAUUUUGGAUUGGCCAGAGAAACGAGGUCACGACCUCCUUACACCGAUUACGUGUCAACCAGAUGGUAUCGGGCACCUGAAGUUCUGCUGAGAUCGUUGAAUUACAACUCUCCAAUUGAUCUGUGGGCUCUUGGUUGCAUUGUUGCAGAGUUGUACACGUUGAGGCCUCUCUUCCCUGGCAGCAGUGAAAUUGAUGAACUUUUCAAAAUUUGUUCAAUACUAGGUGCUCCUUCCAAGAACGAUUGGCCUGAUGGGCACAAAUUAGCUGCCAGCAUGAAUUUCAGAUGGCCUCAAGUCAUUCCAACCCCCCUCGACCAGGUGGUGCAGAAUGCAACUCUCGACGGAUUGAACCUCAUGAACCAGCUGCUUCUCUGGGAUCCACAAAAAAGACCUUCUGCUCAGGCCGCCUUACAGCACAGUUUCUUCAGAGUUGGACAGAACUUUGGAGGUCAAACACACGUGCAGCCCAACACCGCACCUCCUGCAUUGCCCGCUCUCCAACCUCAACACGCACACUCCAACCAGGUGGAGUUCAACUGGUCAAGCAAGAACAAUACUGUUUAG